AUGACCUCGAGACUAGAUCGCCUAGUAACGCUUCUCGAAACAGGAUCUACCCAACUGAUCAGAAACACUGCCGCCCAGCAACUCGGAGAUGUCCAGAAGCAGCAUCCAGAUGAUUUAUUCAACCUCUUAACCCGAGUAUUUCCCUUUCUAAAAUCCAAAUCUUGGGAUACUCGUACUGCUGCUGCCAAAGCUAUUGGCGGCAUCGUCGAAAACGCUAGUCGCUUCGACCCUAAUGGCGACGACGGUGACGACGGCUUCAAAGCGGAUGACUCCAUCAAAAAUGAGGCUAGGGGUGACCCAUCGCAUCUUCCCUUGCUCGCUCUGGGCCAAACCCAACUACAGCUGAAGACGCUUGACCUCACAGCAAUCUUGACCAAUGGCAAGAAGCUUUUAGGCAGUGGAGGCAAAGAGCAAGACUAUGCCGUCGCAUCCAUGGAUCCAGCGACAAGGCUGGACUUCCAAAGGAGAGCCUCGUACGCCACGCUAGGGCUUUCUGGCGGAGAUGUCGACGAUCAGAUUUCUAAGAUCCUUCGCGAGAUGAAUAUUCCCAAGGCUGAGGAAAUCAAUCCAUACGCUACCCGAGUGCUGCCAACCAUGCCCAAAGUCGACACCUCCGAAACUAUGGUCUCGGAUGAUCAGGCGAUACGAUCGCCAAGUCCCUUCACACCUGGUGGAGACCCUGCCCAGACGUCAUUGGAUGGAUCCGGACUUAGCAAGCGUCAGCUGAAUCAGUUGAAACGGAAAAAGAAGCUAGAUGCCAGAUCACAGGCCAGCAAAGUUAGGGUGGUGGAUAUUUCAGCUCGUCGACCAAGUAACAACACACCAAUUACGCCAGCCGUAUCUGAACCAUUCGCAAUUAAGUCUAGCAUCAAACAGGAAACGGACGCUGACGGCGAUACAGACAUGUUCUCACUGACCCGCGCUAACGUGGACGAGGAUGCCAAAAUUGUCUCAGACUUCAAAGGCUCCAUUGUUCCUGAGAAAUCUGUCUUACAGACUGAAGCCGAGGAAGAAGGACUUGAGUGGCCAUUUGAACGGUUGUGCGAGGUGCUUACGGUAGAUCUCUUCGACCACCACUGGGAGAUCCGGCACGGGGCAGCUAUGGGCUUACGUGAAGUGAUUCGCGUCCAUGGUGGAGGUGCCGGUCGAGAGCGUGGAAGAAGUAGGGCUGUCAACGAUCAGGUCAACAACAGAUGGCUUGAGGAUUUGGCAUGCCGCUUAUGCGCUGUCCUAAUGCUGGAUCGCUUCGGGGACUACAUUUCCGACAAUGUCGUCGCACCCAUUCGCGAAACUAUCGGACAGACCCUUGGUGCUCUCAUGGCGCAUCUGGAAGCCGCGGCGGUGACUUCGGUCUAUCAAGUGUUGUACCGUAUGGUCAUGCAGAAAGGGUUACAGCUCACGACACGCAUAUGGGAGGUGUGUCAUGGAGGCAUGAUUGGGCUUCGGUACCUGGUGGCAGUUCGAAGCGAUCUCCUCGUGAAAGACAACGGUCUCAUGGAUGGUGUCGUAGAAGCAGUCAUGAAAGGCCUAGCCGACUUCGACGAUGAUGUUCGGGCUGUCAGUGCUGCUACACUAACUCCAAUCGCCAAGGAGUUCGUCGCUCUUCGUCCUGCUGCACUUGAUGAUCUUAUAAACGUCGUCUGGGACUGCCUAUCAGAAAUUCGAGACGACCUCAGCGCGAGCACUGGAUUCGUAAUGGAUCUCCUUGCCAAGCUCUGCAGUUUUCCAGAGGUGUUGGUUGCAAUGCAGGGGAACGCAACAAAAGACGAGGACCAUUCGUUCACCAGUCUUGUCCCGAGAUUGUACCCUUUUCUUAGACAUACGAUUACUAGUGUGCGAUCUGCCGUCCUUCGCGCUUUACAGACUUUCCUGCGAAUCGGAAGUCAGGAUACAAGGGGCUGGGUGAGUGGAAGAAUACUCAGGCUCGUCUAUCAGAAUCUGCUCGUGGAGCGCAAUGAAACGACACUUAGUCUAUCCCUGGAAGUCUGGAACGCGCUUUUGGAAGCUCUUGUCGAGAAAGACGACUCGGAAGCUACCUCUGAUUUCUUAGAGCACAUGCACGAUUUUUUGAUCUUGGCCCUCCACCCAAUUGGCACCUCUCGAAACCCACUACCGAUUGAACUAUGCUACUUCAUGAAGCCUUCCGGGCAGCUUUAUGGACCACCAAAUCCUGAGAUGAUCAAAGCAGCUUCGCAACAGACUGUUGAACCAGCUGCUAAGCGGAGAAAGAGGUCUGAGAAGAAGGAGGAGCCCCCAUCAUCAGCUCACAACGUCGAUGGACAUAUGAUCUCUGGUGAUGUUGACCUUGUGGGUGUUGAUGCACUGAUCAGAUCGAGAAUAUACGCAGCCAAAGCCUUCGCACGGGCGUUGGCUCUUCAUCCGCCUCCUGAGUCAAGCUUGAACGGCAUUUCUGAUGGCCUACGAUCGCCUUUUUCAACGACACAAAUGCUUUCUGGGCUGGUCAUUGAAGAGCAUGCCCGGCAGAUCCCGAGUUCUUCAGGCAGGACCGGCAGAUUUAAUGCAGAACUUUUGUCGGUUCUCGACACUGUACGACCUGGAAGCUACAGCGAUGUCUUGCCAUACCUGAGGGUUGUACGAGCUCAAUGCCAGGCAUUGCAGAACGCUUUCCGAGAUCACGGACACGUAUCUCAAGCUAAGCUGCCAUCUCUCGCCAUUGUAGUCCAAGGCGAGAUCGGGGCUGGCCCAACUGCCUUCUCCAUAUCUAACGCAGAAGCUUGUGUCGGUGCCGAUUUUGACCGAUUAAAGAAGGCUCUUACGCCGGCCCACCGGAUCACAUCAGUCCAAAUUCUGAACGACGCUCGCACAACCGCCGUUGAAGCAAUCGAUGAGGCGAAGAAAGUCAAAACAGAAAGAGAUAUGCGCAUCCGAGCCGCUGCUGCGUCUGCGCUCAUCGCUGUCGGAGAGAUUCCGAAGAAGCCGAGCGGCCUCAUCAAAGGUGUCAUGGACAGCAUCAAGAUGGAAGAAAAUAUCGAAUUGCAAAAACGAUCAGCUUUCUCGAUCGCAUCUCUCCUUAAUCAUUACGCGUCUACACAAAAGCGUGGUCCUGCUGAUAAGGUCACUGCCAAUUUGAUGAGCUUCUACUGCAUCGACACAUCGGAGACCCCGGAGUUUCGCAACAACGCCACAAGGUCGGAUGUCAUCUUGUCACUCCACAAAGAAGAAGACCGGAAAGAUUAUGCCAAUACGUCUGACUACGAAAAAGAAGCUAAAAGCGCAAGGAUCACUAGGCGCGGUACUAAGGAAGCGCUUGAUCAAUUGUGCAAUCUGUUUGGUACUCAGCUGUUUGAAAAAGCACCGAUUUUAAAGUCCAAGAUUGAAAACCCUCUUCGUCAAGCCUUCGGCGACGACCCACCAGUGGACCUUGAAGACAAUACGGAGUUUGGUCAGGAGGUUGUCGAUGGUCUUUCGAUACUACGCGCUCUGGUGCCAAACGUCCACUCGAAUCUUCACGCUUUCGUCAUCGAAUUGAUGCCUCUGGUGGCAAAAGCAUUGCGUAGCCAACUUUCAGUCUUCCGAUAUGCAGCUGCCAAAUGCUUCGCGACAAUAUGCAGCGUCUUGAGGAUCGAAGGCAUGACCAUGUUGGUCGAGCACGUUCUCCCAUUCAGCAGUUCAGAUGACCUCCAUUGCAGACAGGGUGCGAUCGAGCUGGUAUAUCACCUCAUUCAUGUAAUGGAAGACAGCAUCUUGCCCUACGUUAUCUUCCUCAUAGUCCCUGUGCUGGGCCGUAUGAGCGAUUCUGACAACGAUGUACGGCUUAUUGCAACUACUACCUUUGCCACUUUAGUGAAGCUGGUGCCACUAGAGGCCGGCAUACCAGAUCCACCAGGAUUUCCGGAAUCAUUACUCAAGGGUAGGGAUCGAGAACGCAAGUUCAUAUCGCAAAUGCUCGACUUCAAGAAGGUGGAGCCCUUCGAGCUUCCAGUGGCCAUCAAAGCUGAGUUGCGAUCAUAUCAGCAAGAGGGUGUGAAUUGGCUCGCUUUCCUGAACCGCUACCACCUUCAUGGUAUCCUCUGCGACGACAUGGGCCUUGGAAAGACACUGCAGACACUGUGUAUUGUAGCGAGCGACCACCACCUUCGAGCUGAAGAAUAUGCGAAGACUAAAGCUUCGGAUGUCCGAAGACUUCCAUCUCUCAUUAUCUGCCCACCAACACUUUCGGGCCAUUGGCAGCAAGAGAUCCAACAAUUUGCCCCAUUCUUGUCCUGCCUGGCUUAUGUCGGGCCCACCGCGGACAGGGCCAGAUUGAGAGACCAGCUUGGCAAGACGGAUGUAGUCAUCACUUCCUACGAUAUAUGUAGGAACGACAUCGACGUCUUCAUGCCAUUCAGUUGGAAUUACUGUGUCCUCGAUGAGGGCCAUCUCAUCAAGAAUCCAAGGGCAAAGACUAGCAUGGCUGUCAAGCGACUCGUCAGCAACCAUCGUCUCAUUCUUUCCGGAACCCCAAUACAAAACAAUGUCCUCGAACUUUGGUCUCUCUUCGACUUUCUGAUGCCGGGCUUCCUGGGUACGGAGAAGGUGUUCCUCGACCGCUUUGCCAAACCAAUAGCCGCAUCUCGUUUCAGCAAAUCUUCCUCCAAAGAACAAGAAGCCGGGGCUCUUGCCAUUGAAGCUCUACACAAACAAGUCCUACCAUUUCUCCUUCGACGCCUGAAAGAGGAAGUACUUGACGAUCUCCCGCCUAAGAUCCUCCAAAAUUACUAUUGCGACCUCUCCGAAUUACAGAAGAAGCUCUUCGAAGACUUUGCUAAGAAGGAGGGCAAGACCCUCACUGACAAAGCCGGCAGCGAUAGCAAAGAAGCUAAACAGCAUAUCUUCCAGGCUCUACAAUACAUGCGCAAGCUGUGCAACUCACCAUCUCUUGUCGUGAAAGAAGAUCACAAGCAGUACGCUGCCAUACAAUCCCAACUCGCUCGCCAGAACUCCAGCCUCAAAGACGUCGUCCACGCCCCCAAGCUUACAGCUUUGCGCGACUUGUUGGUAGACUGCGGUAUCGGCACUGAUCCUGCCGAGAACAAUAACUUUGUCUCUCCCCAUCGCGCCCUCAUAUUCUGCCAAAUGAAAGAGAUGCUUGAUAUAGUCGCCAACGACGUCCUGCGCGCUCUUCUCCCCUCCGUUCAGUACCUGCGCCUGGAUGGCAGCGUGGAAGCCAACAAGCGUCAAAAUAUCGUCAAUCAAUUCAACACAGACCCCAGCUAUGACUGCCUGCUGUUGACUACCAGCGUCGGUGGGCUCGGACUCAAUUUGACUGGUGCAGAUACCGUCAUCUUCGUGGAGCAUGACUGGAAUCCGCAGAAAGACCUGCAGGCUAUGGACCGUGCGCAUAGGAUUGGGCAGAAGAAGGUAGUGAAUGUGUAUCGGCUGGUCACGCGGGGCACAUUGGAGGAGAAGAUUUUAAAUCUUCAGCGCUUCAAAAUCGACGUUGCUUCCACCGUGGUGAACCAACAAAACGCCGGUCUCGCAACUAUGGAAACGGACCAGAUCCUCGAUCUCUUCAAUCUCGGCGAGACGGUGCCCGCCACUACGCUUGACAAUAAGGACACAGAAGGCAGAGAAGAAGACAUGGUGGAUGUGACCACUGGUGAAGUCAAGGAGAAGGGCAAGAAAGGCUGGCUGGAUGAUUUGGGAGAGUUGUGGGAUGAGAGAGCUUAUGAGGAAGAGUUCGAUUUGGGAGGGUUCCUGAAGACGAUGAAGAUGUAA